CGCUCCCGCAGAGCCGCGGGUUCGAUUCCCCCCUCGCACCGCUCCGCGGCGGGGGUUAUUCCGGGUGAAGGAGGAAGCCGCGGGGCCGCCUUGUCCCCAGGAGGAGCCGCGUUCCUCCCGCCCCUUGUCUCCCCGCCCCGUCUCCCCGCCGCGGGGCCGGCGGCAGCGGUGCGCGAAUAGCGGUGCCCCGCAAUAGCAUCCCGCGGGCCGGGCCGUCACCGAGCCGGAGCUUGCUGGAGAGAAGGGAAAGCCACCUGCAGCCAUGGAAGGGGGUGUGCAGCUCCUCAACCGCGAUGGGCACAGCAUCUCCCACAACUCCAAGAGGCACUACCACGACGCCUUCGUGUGCAUGAACCGCAUGCGGCAGCGCGGGCUGCUCUGCGACAUCGUGCUCCACGUGGGCACCAAGGAGAUCAAGGCCCACAAGGUGGUGCUGGCGUCGUGCAGCCCCUACUUCCACGCCAUGUUCACAAAUGAGAUGAGCGAGAGCCGCCAGACGCAUGUGACGCUGCACGACAUCGACCCGCAGGCCCUGGAGCAGCUGGUGCAAUACGCUUACACGGCUGAGAUUGUGGUGGGCGAGGGGAACGUGCAGACACUCCUUCCUGCUGCCAGCCUGCUUCAGCUCAAUGGUGUGCGGGAUGCUUGCUGCAAGUUCCUGCUCAGCCAGCUCGACCCAUCCAACUGCCUGGGCAUCCGGGGCUUUGCUGACACUCACUCCUGCAGCGACCUCCUCAAGUCUGCACACAAGUAUGUCCUCCAGCACUUCGUGGAGGUGUCCAAGACAGAGGAGUUCAUGUUGCUGCCUCUUAAACAGGUGCUGGACCUCAUAUCUAGUGACAGCCUCAAUGUGCCAUCAGAGGAGGAGGUGUACCGGGCUGUGCUCAGCUGGGUCAAGCACGAUGUGGACAGCAGAAGACAGCAUGUCCCCAGGCUUAUGAAGUGCGUGCGGCUGCCCCUGCUGAGCCGGGACUUCCUCAUGAGCAACGUGGACACGGAGCUGCUGGUGCGGCACCACUCGGAGUGCAAGGACCUGCUCAUUGAAGCCCUCAAGUACCACCUCAUGCCGGAGCAGAGAGGGGUGCUGAGCAACAGCAGGACGAGGCCGCGGCGCUGCGAGGGGGCCAGCACCGUGCUCUUUGCUGUGGGCGGAGGGAGCCUGUUCGCCAUCCAUGGGGAUUGUGAGGCUUAUGACACGCGGACGGACCGGUGGCACAUGGUGGCCUCUAUGUCGACACGCAGGGCCAGGGUUGGAGUUGCUGCCAUUGGGAACAAGCUGUAUGCUGUCGGCGGCUACGAUGGCACCUCUGAUUUAGCCACAGUGGAGUCCUAUGAUCCCGUCACCAAUUCCUGGCAACCCGAGGUGUCCAUGGGCACCAGGAGGAGCUGCCUGGGUGUAGCAGCACUUCAUGGGCUUCUCUAUGCUGCUGGGGGGUACGAUGGGGCCUCGUGCCUGAACAGCGCAGAGCGGUACGACCCUCUGACAGGCACCUGGACAUCCAUCGCUGCCAUGAGCACCAGGAGACGCUACGUCCGGGUGGCAACGCUAGAAGGCAACCUCUAUGCUGUUGGGGGAUAUGACAGCUCAUCCCACUUAGCCACAGUAGAAAAGUACGAGCCCCAGAUCAACACUUGGACACCCAUUGCCAACAUGCUGAGCCGCCGGAGCAGCGCCGGGGUGGCCGUGCUGGAGGGGAUGCUCUAUGUGGCUGGUGGCAACGAUGGGACCAGCUGCCUUAACUCUGUGGAGCGCUACAACCCCAAAACCAACACGUGGGAGAGCGUGGCACCCAUGAACAUCCGCAGGAGCACCCACGACCUGGUGGCCAUGGAUGGGUGGCUGUACGCUGUAGGUGGCAACGACGGGAGCUCCAGCCUCAACUCCAUCGAGAAGUACAACCCCCGUACCAACAAGUGGGUAGCAGCCUCGUGCAUGUUCACACGCCGGAGCAGCGUAGGGGUGGCUGUGCUGGAACUCCUCAACUUCCCACCCCCUUCCUCGCCCACCCUGUCGGUGUCUUCGACGAGCCUUUGACAAAGAAUCAGGGCCUACCUUACCUCAAGGGGACAGGGGUGCGUGGUGGAGCUCUAGGCUCACCCCACGGGGCAGCCGGUCGCUGUAAGGAGGAGAGCGAAGGGACCGGCCUCCAGCCCCAGCAUUCCUUGAACCCUGGAGCCAUCCCUGUUCUCGGUGCACGCAUCGGAUCAGCGCGACCACAGCAGUUAGAAACGUGCUUCCUGAACGAGCAACCCUCCUUGUAGAGGGCAAGAAGAGAGGGUGCUCUCUGCUCCGUUCAGACUCAUCUCACCGCUCACCCAAAGGGGGUAUAUUUUCUUUGGGGAGGGGGAACUGAAAACCAUUGCUGCUUCUUGGGUUCCCGUGAUCCAGCCGGUGCCACAUGGAUGAGCGCAGCCAGCCUUGGAGGCUUCCAGGAGCCCUGUAGGGUGGCAGAGGUGGGCAGCACCCAAGGACACGGCUGAGUGUGCAACUGCUCCUCUGAAUGUCACCGUAGCCUAACUCUUUAACCAAGCCUAUCGUGCACUGUUAAAAGACUCUGAGGCCGCUGUAUGGUUCUCAAUGGUGUCUAAUUGAUGCCUUAAAACACACAAAACAGAAGAAGCCCAGCUUAAGGGGCAGAGCCUGGAGGAGGUGAGGUUUGGAGACAGGACUGGAUGCAGCAUCCUGAACCCUCCAGUGUUUCCACGCUCAGCUGGUCCCACCUCAUUCACCAAGAUCCCCAACCAACCAUUGCUCCACAGCCAGGAGGAUGAGUGGAGGGACCCCGUUGCCAUCCGUGCUGCUGCUGUCCCAGGUUCCAGUGACUGUGUGGCUGCCUGCUCUGUGCACAUGGUCCUGGUUCAGUUUGCUGGUCCCCUCUCUGCAAAGCAGGUGCUGGGUUUAGGGGAAGGUAUUGGUUCUCUUCUAAAUGAGGGGGAUUUCCUGGCAUUACUUUUUGGGGUGUUAAUAUUUUGCCUUUUUUAUUAUUUGAAUUGCUAAUAUUUAAAUUUUUAAUGACGUCACAUCCGUUUAUUUUUGACACUUCUGCAAUUCCCCAUCCCAUCUGCUUUUAGGGAUGCAAUUACUUUCCUCACUUGUGGAAGAGAUGAUAAGUGUGUCCUGGAAGACGUUCUCUAUAGAUGUAUGGGUUUGUGUGUGUAUGUGUGAGAUACUGUGACAACAGCAUGAAAGGGACCAUUUGCAAUUAGCAACUUGCUGGCAAUUAAGCAACCACUUUAAUUAGUUAAAGGUUGAGUAAAUCAGUACUGUAAGUCAAUAAGACCCACGCAGUAAGACCCACCUAUGCCAUGAAACCUCUUGGGUGGUGUUUUCAAUGUGUAUACUCUAGGGUGUGUGUGUGAGCCUUGAGCUCAGAUGUGUUACCAGGUGUUCUCCACGUUAGAGAGGAAUGACUCAACCACUGGUACCUCAACAGUGUUCAAAUGUAGCAUUGGAAAUAGGGUCUAACUGUUCAGAACUAAUUCCUUUAUCCUUCUUUUAUUCCCUGCUCCUUCUCAUCUCUCAUUUACAGUUUGUAUUUCACUUGUGGUGGGGUUUGUUGGCCUGAACAUUCAAGGGGCUUUCAAGAGAUCUCUUUUCUUUGAGGUGAAAGGAGAGUUUGAGAUGAGACAGGGACUCCCCAACUUCAGACCAUGCUUUGGUGAUCUGCUUUCUCCUUGGCCUGGUGCCUGCAUGUUUUACAAGCCCACUUACAGUGCCUCACAUUGGACCCCUGAAAUCACCAGCAGCUUCUGGAAAUCUGGGCUGCUUCUCCCCCAGCCUCUCCCCAAGGACACUGUAGUGCAGAUGUCCAGGCUCUGCUCAUGCAGGUUGUCCCUUGGUCAAUGCGGUCACCUGAAUCUGCUUUGUUGGAAGUAAUGGUGAAAUGGGUGAAGGCUGCACUCCUGCCUGCAUGAGGUCUCAAUCAUAGAAUCACAGAAUAGUUAGGCUGGGAAAGGACCUGAAGAUCAUCCAGUUCCAGCCCCCUGCCAUGGGCAAGGGACACCUCGCACUAAGCCAUGUCACCCAAGACUCCAUCCAACCUGGCCUUGAACACCUUUCCAUCCCAUUCCUAUAAGCAACAUCAGGAUUCUAGUCUUCUGCUGGACCAGCACAUGCAAGAUGCACCUGGCUUAGGGUCCUGUUUGAACAGGAUCACCCUAAAAGCCCCACGGCUGCAUCAGAAGUGAGGA